AUGCAUCGAGUUAUAAAAGAAAUAAAAAAUAUUUUUAAACCAAGUCAAAUAAAUGAGGAUGAGUUACAUUAUGAUAAUUCAAAUAUUGAAGAACAUGAUGCAUUUGAUGAUCAUGAAGAAGAAGAGCCACAAACUCAAAAAUCUCGAAUCAAAUUAAAUGCACUAGUAGAUACUACAGAAUUAUUGUCUGCUUUAUUGGAUUCACAUCUUAAAUCUCUUGAUUAUAUGAAUGGUAUAAAUAGAGUGGCUGUUAAAAAUCUUCUUAGACAACUAUAUAAUAAUGAAAAAACUAUAGAGAUAAAUCAAAAUAAUAAAGACAAAGAACUUGAUAAUAGUGCUUAUAAUUUGGAUAAUAAAAGAUCUGAUGAAUUUAUGGUUACUACGAAUCCAUUAUAUACACCAUAUUUGUUGAAAUCAUUAGAAAAAGAAGAUCAUCCCUCAGCUAAUGAAAUUGACAAAUAUAUGAGGCAACCUGAAAUAAGUCUUAAAAAAGACCCCCUGGUAUGCUAG